CGAGUCAAGCGAGCUUUGUUUCAUCCCUCUGAUGCUCGUACCCGUAGCACUGCUACGACCAAUUUAUAUUGCAGAAAGCAUAUCUCUCUUACUGGUGCUUGGCCCGCCGUGUAUGUAGUUGCAUCAUUGUUGAAGCCGUGCCUACCAGGUGUUAUCGAGGAACGGAAUGACUACUUCACGGAAGAAGUUGAAGUGGGUUGUGGCUACUUCAAGGAACAACAUGAGAUCAGAAAACAACAUGAGAUCAGAAACAAAUGUACUGAGUUCUGAACAAUUUGGCAGACUAGAAAACAGAUUUCACGUGAGCUAGCAUUCUACUGCUCAAACUUUUUUUCGUUUCUCUCUCUCUCUCUCUCAAAUUUGCCUCCUCUCAAUUCAAUCUUGUCUCGUAGUGUCCAAAGAAAAAUAAAACUCAGUAAAGUCCACUUUUCCUUCUAACUUCAGGCCCAAAGAAUGAACGGUUGGUGUCCCAAAAUCCACAGAAGGCCGAUAAUUUAGAUACGAUGGGCCAGAAUCUUAUAAUAGGAAGCAAGGGUGCCAAGCACCAGCGGUACAAGUCUCUUUUUUAUUGGGACCAGAUGUUCCCUUCUCUCUGUUUGGAAUUAAGAUCAAACUGAAGCACUAGGUGUUCGGAUCGCUUAGGGGAGCUAAGAAUCAUCAUCCGACAUGGCGGACAUGGUACCGAAGCCUCCAAGCCAACCCAUCUCUGCCGCCCCGACCGCCAGUGCCCCCGACAAUGGCGUUCCGUCGAACCCCAUCUCCGGUAACAUUCUCAUCAUUGGUGCUGCCGGCUACAUCGGCAAAUUUGUGGCGGAGGCCAGCCUCGCCGCCGGUCGCACCACGUACAAACUUUGCCGCACCGGUUCGAGCAGCCCGUCCAAGGCUGCGGCCGUCCAGCGACUGCAAGAGUCAGGCGCCAUCGUCCUCCAUGGUUCACUAGAUCAUGUCGAGUUGAUUAUCAACCUUCUGAAGCAAUACAGAAUCGAAAUUGUGAUCUCCGCAGUUGGUGGCGACGCCAUUCUAGAUCAGUUACCGUUGAUUGAUGCUAUCAAUGCAGCUGGAAGUAUCAAGAGGUUCUUGCCUUCCGAAUUUGGGCACGACAUUGACAAAGCGAACCCAAUUGAACCAGCACUGACAUUGUACAAUCAGAAGAGAAAAAUCCGGCGAGCGAUUGAAGCCGCCGGCAUUCCUUAUACUUACAUAUGCUGCAACUCCAUUGCUGGAUGGCCAUACUUCGAUCAAAUCCAUCCUUCUGAGAUCCCACCCCCGACUGACUGCUUUGAGAUUUAUGGCGAUGGUAACGUGAAAGCUUAUUUCGUAGCCGGAGAAGACAUCGGAAAAUUCACAAUUAAAGCUGCAGACGAUGUGCGCACUCUGAAUAAGGUGCUACACUUCCGGCCACAAAACAACUUUGUGACACUGAAUGAGUUCGCAUGCAUGUGGGAGAAGAAGAUCGGGAAGGUGGUGCCCAGGAAGUUCAUCUCUGAAGAUUGCCUCGUCCGCCUGGCCAAAGAGAACCGAAUUCCGAGCAGCAUCGUGGCUGCCCUGACGCAUGACAUCUUUAUCAACGGGUGUCAGUUUGCCUUUGAGAUCGAUGGACCCCAAGACACAGAGGUUGGCCGCCUCUACCCGGACUCACCUCUCAUCCCUCUCAGCCACUGCUUGGAUGCUUAUCUUAGCAACGGAGUGGGGAGAGCAGCAAGCAUUUGAGUUCCCUGGAAUCUGCAGAUAUAUAACUAUUUCCCUUGAUAAAUGUUGCUCAUCUCCUCAUAUUUCUCCUUCAAAUGUUGCCCUUUUUUUAUAUAUUUCAGAUUUAUGGGUUGUUCUCUUGCGUGUCAACAGAACCUCUAAGACAAAGGCUUCUUUUGUUAAUAAGGUUAUACGAGAUGCCUGUCC